AUGAUCUCAAGUCUUCGCUCCUUUCACCGAGUGGUAUCUCGAUGGCUUUCAGAGCCAAUCCUUAUAUAAUAAGAGUAGUAGACUGUCGAACGGAAUCUUGUCACUGAGAAGCACGCUGCGCUUAGCCAGAAUGGGCAAAGCACUCCAUACCCUGGCAAUCAUUGUUGCCACUGCCGUGGCCUUCAGCGGCGCUGCACACCUGGCCGUCAAAGAUGAAGACCCGUUUGCAUUGCCUGAACAUUUUCUGAUUGGAGCUGGCGUAUCGGCGAUCCAGACAGAGGGUGCUUGGGACGCGGAUGGGAAACGUGAGAGUUCACUCGACCACGUACUGCACACCGGCAAACUCACUUCACAGGGUUUCCCGGCUGACCCACACUUACACGACGUGGUGGCCGACUCUUACCAUCGCUAUAAAGAUGAUGUGAAAAUGGCCAAAGCGUUAGGGCUCCAGCUUUAUAGGUUCUCUAUCUCAUGGGAAUACGGAAAAGAGGUGGACUUGUGGGCCACAAUGAACGAGCCCAACAUGUACUGCAUCUACUUUCCUGCCUUGUUUGUUGCGGCCGAACUUUACAAGCAGGAGGAUAUUAAUGUUUACAACUGCAUGAGGAACUUCGUCCUAGCACACGCCCAAUCGUACCGUGCAUUUAAGGAAGCAGGCAUUGCUGGCCAAAUUGGUUUGACCAUGCUUCUGUUGCACACUUCUCCAAAUUCAACUCGCCCCGAGGACGUUUACGCGGCCGAGCUGUUCAACCAGGUGCACGCCGGACAGAUGUUGGGCCCGAUCGUGCUGGGAGACUACCCGCAGGUCUUGAAAGAUGAAUUGAGCGACAAAUUAACAGAAUUUACUGUUGAAGAAAAGCAAUUGAUCAAAGGAAGUACCGAUUUCAUUGGUUUUAACAUUUACUUCAGCAUGGUAGCUGCCUGGAAAGACCCCAGUACUUCGGCUCCUAUCAUGAUGCCUUUGGUACAAAAAUUUGUGGAAGACUUGCCUAUGACGUAUAUGAACAUCGCCGGGGGUGUCGAUACAAACCCCGAGAAAAUGUGGGAUAGAAUUGACCCAGACUCGAUAAGAGACGCCGUUGUGUGGGCAUGGAACAGCUACAAAAAGCCUAUUGUAAUAACUGAAAACGGCAUUGGAGACUUUUCAAAUAUGGGGAAGAAAGAUCAUCAUCGCUCCACAUACCAUAGUGCAUUCAUGAGAACGUUAUUGACGACCAUGAAAAAAUUCAAAGUGGAUGUCAUCGCAUACUGCGCUUGGAGUCUUAUCGACAGUUACGAGUGGGGCGCAGACUAUGGACGGUAUUUCGGACUGGUUCACGUCGACUAUGAGGGCAAGACACUAGACCGUUCACUGAAGGACUCAUCUCAGUUUUGGAUUGAGAUUGCCGAGAAGCGCGUGGUGCCACUCGUUGAAGACCCUAUAACUACGACACCUGGGCCACCUGCAUCUUCCACGCCCUCCACGUCAUUUGCAUCUUCCACACCCUCCACGUCAUUUGCAUCUUCCACACCCUCCACAUCAUCUGCAUCUUCCACCUCAACCUUUCAUUUACUUCUGAUUGGAGCUGUAUUAAUAGCCCUUAAAUCAUUUCAUUACGAUGUGCCAUACUGAAUUAAUAGUUUUGUGGAAUAAAGAAAAAAAAACGAAAA